AUGAUGAUAUUAACCAUUCCAGAUCUUAUAGGAUAUAUUACAAAAAGAUAAAUUUUUAUAGAUAGAUAAUCAAAUAAUAAAUAAGUAUAUCUACCUAUCAAUUUCUUGCCCUUAUAUGAUGUAUUUAAAUUGAUGAAAUCCAAAUUUGGUAAGGAUAUGACAUAAGAAUAUCAUCCUAAAGUAAUAUUAUAUGCUAUUUAUGCCCUGAGUAAGGAUACAGCAUAUAUGAAAGUAGUUGAAUAGCCUUGUACUAGGAGGUUAGAUCAAUUUUAAAAUCCUUAUCUUUACCUGGGGUUUGUUACAAAUUAAACAAAGUAAUAAUAUAUCAUAAACUAAAUAGAUUAAAAAAUCGAGAAACCUAUAUAGAAGAAAGGAAAAUGAAGAUAACUUUGAUAGACCUUAAUAUAUAAUAUAUAGUCAUAUAAAAUAAAAUCAAUUUAAUUUAGAUAAAAAAUUUUAAAAAUAAUUUUAUUAAUAUUUAACAAUUGCAAUUUAACAUAAAUUCUUAAAAUCUAAAUAAGUUAUAAUAAAAUCACUAUGAAUACUUUAUCAAAAGAAAAAACUAUAAUAUUUAUAAUAAUAAACCAGUUGAUUAGUUGUAGAUAUCCUUUAUUAUGUAAGAGUAAU